GGAAAAUAUAUAAACCUAGUUUUUAUAAAUUACCCUACGUUAACUAAAGUUAAAUAUUCCUUUAAUAUAAGAUUAAAUUACUAUAUAGUAAUUAUAAACCUGCCUAAGCCCUUAAGGAUAACCCUAGGGGUAAGGAAAAAAUAUAUUUUAAUAGAAUACUAA